ACCUCAACAACAUUGUAUGAUUUAAACAUUAAAAUCCAAUUACAACUUAAUAAGAAAGAACAGUUUGAACAAGAAGAACAACUUAAUCAGAAUCCAACUGUUGGGUUGUCUAAUGUUGCAAACAACUUGGAUGAUGCAAAUUUUUAUGAAUUAUACAAUUCAGAUCAUGAGGAUAUGAUAAAUCCAACAAAUGAUAUAAGUUUUGCCAAAGACGAAUAUAAGUCUGUUAUAUCAAAUUUAGACUCAUUAAUUAAAUAUAUAGACUGGUCUAUCAUUCAAAAGGCCUUGGAUAUGCAAAAAAAAGCAGUUAGUUUGGCUCUUGAAACUGGUUGUGAAAAUGAAUUAAAUAAACUUUUGAGAGAUUGGAUUAAUGAAACUGAAAGAAAGACAAGUUACAAUUUAAAUGAGUCUAAUGAUAAGAACUUACCAAAUAUAACUAAUUCUUAUUUGACACGUAUGAAGAGUGCUUCUAAAAAAUAUUUAAAAAGCAUAUUAGAAAAUUAUGCUUCCAAAUGUCAUAAUCAAAAGACUGAUAAGCCAAUGCAAAGAAUUAAUAAAUAUACAGAAGAUUUGGGUAAUAAUAGGUAA